AGCAUGUCCGAGAGCUUGCCUUAAGCGGCCUAGUCGCCUUUGGGAAGCGUCUGUUUGAGCCGACAAUUCACCGGCGUCGAGGCUGUGGUGCACGUGAUGGGACCACUACUGCACUGUUGCUAGUGGCCUGCGACCACUAUACUUUUCGCGUCGCGUUUAGCCCUUCAAACGCGUCGGGACGCGUUAAGUGCUUGUCCCUUUGCUUGUCUACCCGCCACUACAUUGUAGCAACCCCUCUCUUCGCCCACCCGCAUUGGCAGAGUAGAGCCCCUUCUUCCCCAGGUUUCCCUUUUUCUUUUUUUUUUCUACUCUUUGCAACCUAUUGAUUUGAUUUCGUUCUCACUACUUCACACCCGCUCAACUCGCCGUCAUGGAUUCCCAGUCGGUGUACUCGACUCGCGUGUAUGAGCCCUCUGCUACAGAGGCCAACGAUACCAGAUUGCAGCUCCAGCAACAGCUUGAAACUUUCAUUCUUGAUUUCCGUCUCGAUAACAACUUUGUUUACCGUGAUCAACUGCGAGAAAAUGCGCUCCUCAAAAAAUACUUUUGCGACAUCAACAUCAAUGAUUUGAUUAGCUUCAACGAAGAACUUGCACACAAGUUGGUUUCUGAACCUGCAGAAAUCAUUCCUCUCUUCGAAAACGCUCUGCGCAAAUGCACACACAGAAUCCUGUUCCCUCACGAGAAGAAAGUCGAAUUGCCCGACCACCAGCUCCUCCUGCACUCCGACGCCGAAGAUGUAUCUAUCCGAAACUUGGACUCGAUGACAAUCGCCCGUCUCGUGCGCGUUCCUGGAAUUGUUAUUGGUGCCUCUGUUAUGUCGUCUAAGGCCAUCUCUCUCAGAAUCGAAUGCCGAAACUGCAAACAGCAAGAAUCUAUACCAGUUCUUGGUGGAUUUACUGGAGUUACCCUUCCCCGACAAUGCAGCCGUAAGAAAGUGCCUGGCGAUGACACCGAGAAAUGUCCUCUAGACCCAUACUUUGUCCUCCACGAAAAGUCCAAGUUUGUCGAUCAGCAAGUCAUCAAAUUGCAAGAAGCCCCGGAUCAAGUCCCGGUUGGAGAAUUGCCUCGCCAUGUUCUUAUCUCUGCCGACCGUUACCUUACGAACCGUGUUGUUCCAGGCUCUCGAUGCACCGUCACUGGUAUUUUCUCUAUCUACCAGAACAAGGGUUCAAAGAACUCGUCCACCGGCGGAGCUGUUGCUAUCAGAACACCCUAUCUCCGUGCCGUUGGUAUUCAGACGAGUGCGGAUCAGCUCAAAGGCAUUACCGUCUACACUGAAGAAGAGGAGCAGGAAUUCCUCGAGAUGAGCCGCAGACCCGACCUUUACAACGUCAUGGCAGAAUGCAUUGCCCCCUCCAUUUAUGGAAACCAGGACAUUAAGAAGGCCAUUCUCUGUCUCCUUCUUGGUGGUUCCAAGAAAAUCCUGCCCGAUGGUAUGAAGCUGAGAGGUGACAUUAACGUCUUGUUACUUGGUGAUCCUGGUACUGCGAAAUCGCAACUGCUCAAAUUUGUGGUUGGUGCCGCGCCCAUUUCCAUUUACACAUCAGGAAAGGGUUCCUCUGCAGCAGGUCUGACAGCCUCGGUCCAGCGUGAUCAAUCUACCAGAGAAUUCUAUCUCGAAGGCGGUGCCAUGGUCCUGGCUGACGGUGGUGUCGUUUGUAUUGAUGAGUUCGACAAGAUGCGUGACGAAGAUCGUGUUGCCAUCCACGAAGCCAUGGAACAGCAAACCAUCUCUAUUGCCAAGGCUGGUAUCACAACCAUCCUCAACGCCAGAACAUCUGUUCUUGCUGCUGCUAACCCAAUCUUCGGUCGGUACGACGACAUGAAGACUCCUGGAGAAAACAUUGAUUUCCAAACCACUAUCUUGUCCCGUUUUGACAUGAUUUUCAUUGUCAAGGACGAGCACACACGUGAGAAGGAUGAGAGAAUCGCAAAGCACGUCAUGGGUAUCCAUAUGGACAACCGCGGACAGGAAGAGGUCACAGAGUCCGAGAUUCCCGUCGACAAAAUGCGUCGCUACAUUUCUUACUGCCGAACGCGAUGCGCUCCACGACUCAGCGCAGAGGCUUCUGAAAAGCUCUCGUCACAUUUCGUGUCCAUCCGACGACAAGUCCAUGCCGCUGAAAUCGAAGCCAACACUCGCUCAUCCAUCCCUAUUACUGUUCGUCAGCUAGAGGCUAUUAUCCGUAUCACCGAGUCCUUGGCAAAGCUCACACUUUCGCCUGUUGCUACUGAGGCUCACGUGGACGAGGCCAUCCGCCUCUUCCUCUGCUCUACCAUGGAUGCCGUCAACCAGGGCAGCAACCAGGGCAGCAGAGAGCUCAACGAAGAAGUCACCAGAAUCGAACUUGAGCUGAAGCGCCGUCUGCCCAUUGGUUGGAGCACCAGCCUGGCCACGCUGCGUCGCGAAAUGGUAGAAGGCAAAGGCUUCUCAGAACAGGGCCUCAACCGAGCGCUCAUGUUUAUGCAACGUAGAGACACAAUCAUGUUCAGAAACCAAGGAGCGCAGGUAUAUCGCAAGGGCGCAUAAACACUUGAAAUCUGAUAAUGAAUGUAUGAUAUGGGGUGGUUGCAUAUAAUAUGUUGAAAUGGUAAGGGAGUUUGGUAGUUGGUAGAACUUUUUUAUAUCCUGUAUUUCAAAAGAAUUUAAUGACCAAAGAAGCUACCUGUCUCAUGAAUCUGCUGUGAUACUCCAAACGCCGAUAUUAGAUACAACAUUACAAGCUAACAACAGUCUCGCGUUGCUGCUCCUCCUCUUCCUGCUGCUCUAACCUCUGCAGCUCAAGCUCAUCCUCUUUCCAUUCCUCCUCUGAACGAUGGAAGAAUUGAGUGAGGCCGGCAAAAACAGCCCAAAGUUCGCCUGAAAUAACCAGAUGGAGUAAUUCAGCAGCUAGAAAGUUAACUACUGAUGUGGUGUUGAACCCGUCCAACAUAUCCAGCUCGUAUAUAUCAUCCAUAGGCAUGCCACGGCGAUAUCGUAACGUUCUUGCAAGCAUGCGAAGCGAGAACGACUCAUAGGGUGCCAUGCAGAUUCUUAUCAGUGCAUUGGUGAAUAUAUUUGUGGCAAACGUGGCGGGGAGCUGGGUGAGUAUGGUGUCGAAGUAAACCGGAGCUCGCUCUUCAACAAGCCGGCCAUCAAAAGGAUGGCUAGGCUGGAGCUCUGCUGACCAAUGGCCUGGUGGUGCAUCUGUUGAUUCAGUCGCCUCCACCUCAAAACUAAUGAAUGUUGGGCCAACUUCAUCAUUUCCAUCAUCCUCAGUCUCAUAGCCGUCACCUCGCGUGGAGUGUACGCUUGGCGCUCGGCGAACUGGUUCGAUGGCAGCGGCUGGCUCAUCCACAUACCAGUCAUCUGCGGCGCUAUCCACUGGUUGGGGGAUCUCAUCCGUCUCCAUAGGGCCUGGUAUCGGCGAGCUAGGUGUAGGUGGAAGUGGCGGUAGCCUCUGUGCUCUGAAUGCUGUGUUUGGAAUCAACCUGAAGACCUCUCUCCACAGUUCAGGUUUCAGAUCUCUGGCUAUUCGAGACAUGGUUACCCAGCUGAAGAAGGGGAUGGUUGAGAUUACAACGACACAUGUCCAUUGUAAGAGGGCUGCAGGCUUCAGGCCAGGAAAUGGCGGAGGUGGCGGUAUAGGUGAUUCGCUAGUAAAGGGUAUGAAGAACUUGGGACUCGGAUACCACCUGC